AUGGCAUCUUAUCAUAGGGUUUUGAUGACCUUUGAUAGGUCGGUGACCCAAAAAAGUGUCGAGUGCAAUUAUGAUAUCCACCCGUGGGAUGUGUUGAUAAAUGGCUCGCGGUGGAAUGGGAAGAUUCGACUCAUCGGCUAUGUCGAUGUCUUUUUCCUUAUAUGUUACUCAGGAGAAUCUCGCUUCGAGAAGGGCAUUAUUAUCUACAUAUUAAAAAAGUAUUUCGACUUUCAGACAGUCAAAGGAGGCCUUGACUACACAAUUACAAGCCUCGGUCAUGAGGUGGGGGUCAAAACGGAAUACGACGCAACCACUUUAAAAAAGUACGUCAUCAAAAUUCGCAAAGGUAGAGAUUCUAUAAUGAAACCGAGGAUUCGCAGAGGGGUCAGUCAGCAUGACCUCUUCGAUCUCAUGCACGAUGCCGUUCGUCUGGGAAUAAUCACACAAGCCGAGCUCAUCGGUCAAAUCAUUGGAAAGACCAUUGGUGGAUCUACAAUGGAAGAUGUCACAUCAAAAUAUCUUGAUGCUCUAAUAGGAGCAAGGAACUCCAAAAAUGUCGCACUGGAGGCUGACAGACAAUGA